CAGCUAGCUUCAAUCGUUUUAUUUCAUUCGUUCCGUGUAGAUCUACCUCUGUAAUACGUUAUCUAUCGUUUCUACAAUAAUUGUCUGUGUCUCUUUCAGAUAACAAACAAUGAAUUGAAAAUUGACCAUAAUCUGCUGAUAAAGGUCUUCUCUUCAACCAGCGCAGCAGCAUCAUCGAUCCGAUCACUGAUAUCGUGGUACCAUCGUUCAUUUUACUACUGUUGAUUACAUAGCUUAAGUACAUAGAUACGUUAGACGUUAGAACUCGGCAUGGUUGCACGUGAAUUCAUUUUAAUGAUUUUUAGCAAGAAAUUUCUGUGAUAGUUUCCAACGUCAAGUAAUUUUUUCACGAUCUUGGCGCAAGAUGACACCGUGUAAUUUUGGAAAUGUGUACGAAUAGAUGUUUUUUCUCGUGUACCUGUAAAGAAUUGUUUCUUUUGCUUCGAGUGAAGGAUUCUCAAUUUCCGUGAAAAAAGGAAAUUAAAAUUUUAAAGAUUUUAUUAGGUACAUUCAAUUAGUUUUUGAGAAACCUUGGAAGAUUUGAAAACAAAUGGAGGAAACACCAAUAGUGUUGGGCAAAUUCGCGAAUAUUCUUUUUUUGCUUGCGCAUGCGCAAGAAUAUGCGCAUAUUCUUGCGCAUAUUCCGCAGAUUCUUUUCAAAAAAUUAGAAAAUUAUUGCCUAGUUUAGAGAUAAUAGGGAAAAGGUUUUGGUAACUUUCAAAUUAUUGAGGAAAAUUGGAAAUUUAUAAAGAAAAGUAGUUGUAAAACUUGUAAAUUGUGGAAAAUUGUAGAAAAAUCUUCAAAUUUUUUGAAAAAAGUCCCGAUUUUUAUUUUUUUGAGAGAAUAUUCUCCAAGCGUUUGAGAAUAUUCGCGAAUAUUCGCGAAUAUUCUCAGAUUAUGCGCAUUGAGAAUAUUCUCAGGCCAACACUAAACACCAAUUGUUGAUUUGCUCGAAUUAUUUUACAAUAAGAAAUUUUUUGCUGCAUCGUUUGACCAGUGAGCCAGUAAGCUGAUGACUGAAAUUUUCCAAAUGGAUCCUUUUGAAAAUUUAAAGACAACGAAAGGUCAUUUGGAUACUUGCAUACAAGUAUGUGUUCAAGAGCAUCUCAUUUUAAAGGAUAAAUUCGAGAAAAUUCAAAUAUCCUCUAGUAAAGUCUGUGAAGAACGCGAGACGCUGAAAGCUAAUUUAAACUCGGUCAAUGAAAGAAACCAAGGAUUACAAAAAGAACUUAUUUCUGCGAACGAGAAAAAUGAAGAACUACAGAAGCAACUCGCUGCUUUUAAUAAGAAAACCGAAGAACUACAAAAGCAACUCGCUGCUUUUAAUAAGAAAACCGAAGAACUACAGAAAAAAUUAUCUGGUUCUCAAGAAAAAAACACAGGCUUACAAAAAGAACUAACGGAGUCGGGAUCGUUAUUGAACGAAGCAUUGAAUAAAAAUGCCGAAUUGGAGACGACGCUGAACGAAGCAAAAGUCGAAAUCAAAGAUGUUAAAUCAAAACUCACUUUGGCUCAGAAUAAUAAAAUGAAACUCGACAAGGAAUUGCAUCUCGUGCGUAAGAAUUUGUCCAGAGUUGAAAAAGAAAAAAAUAAAUUCAAAUCAAUGUACGAAACUCUACAUAAACAACUUCAAAAUAUGGUGGGUUCGUUGAGUAAACAUACAGACAGUGGUUCCGAAAAGACCGCGAGCGAAUGCGAAGAAGUUAUUUUGAGUAGCGAUGACGAAGGUGUUCCGCGCCCUUUUUCAAAUGGUGCACAGUGCGAUGAUAAGAGUAUUUUAGAGAUAUCGAAAACUGCUGCUGAAUCGACUCCUCUGGUAAUUGAUGUUCGAAGUCCUCAGAGUAAUUCUCCACUCUCACCUAGACGAAGUACUCGUACAGCUAGCAGAAGUCCCGUUUCUACAGAUUUGAUCGUUUCGAGAGAUUUGUCGAAAUCCUUGGUUGCAUCAACGAGCGAUGAAGUCAAAGGUAAUCAGUCUUCUGCAAGCGCGAAUCAAAGGGAUACUCGGUCCACCGCUCAUCAUAGCCCAAUUUCUCCAAUUUCAACGCGUGCUUUUCAAGGAGCUAAUCGUGCAGCUUCUCCUGUCUCGUUUGCAAGCGUAAAGAUACCAAACCGACCUAAUCCGACAAGUGCAGCAAUUUCGCCGAAAGGAGAUGCUCGUGAUGGUAGUCGCAGUCCUAUUGCUUCAAUACUUAAGCCAUCAAGUACCCCACCGAAAGCUGUGUCUGUAUCGACAGAUGCUGGAAAUCGCUCGUCUUCUAGUUUGGUAGCGGAGGCACAAAGUAGACCUAUUCAAACGAGCCCUGUAUUUUCUCCGAGAAUUACAAACGUACAAAGUAGACCCAAUCUUGAUCGUCGUAGUCCUCUUUCUUCGAUUCUCAAGACAGCUGCGCCUUUAUCGACUGAAGGUACUCAUGGAAUUGAUCGAUCAGCCUCUCCUGUAUCAUUUGCAAGUAGACUUAAUCAAACCACCGCUCCGGUCUCGCCAAGAAAAGAUAACCGUGAUGGUCGCCAUAGUCCAAUUUCUUCCAGCCUUAUCAUAUCUUCGCAGAAUGCAUCCAAAGCGGCAUCAGCUUCGACUGGUAAAGACGAAACCAACCGUCCUUCUACUCCUUUGAUUGUUCGCUUUCAAAGCAAACCUGACCAAGAAAAGAAUGUAAUUACGCCUCAAAAAGUAUCUCCUGUUUCGAAUACUAUUACGCCAGAAAUCCAAUCAAAAAGUGUACCUGCUACAACUGAAGCAGCGAAUAAAGAAACCAGUCCACCGUCUCCUGCUUUAAUUCGAAAUAGUCCACCUGCGGUUACAUUAGUUUCACCGAGACCUGAAACUCGACAUUUACUACGUCGUAGUCGUAGUCCUAUUUCUUCCAUCCCUACUACAUCACGAGACCAAAAUAAUGCUAAGCCAUCAUCGACCAAUAGUGUUUCAACUGUUGAUAAUAAAUCAAAUGCACCAUCUACUGCAUCGACACAAAGCAAUCAAGCAGUUACUCCGGUUCCACAAAAAACAGAUUCUCGGGAUCUUCGUCGUAGUCCGAUUUCCAUUUCAUUUGCAUCUCCUCAACAAUCAAAAAACGAAAAUGUCUCAACGAAUGCAGCAGGUAACAAACAGGACAAUCGUACCUCUUCUUCGGUGAUUACUGGUGCACAGGAUGAUCGAAGUAUUGCUACUACAACACCGAUCAAAGAUCAACGUGGAACCGAUCCGAUUCCGAGCUCUUCUUCAAUUGGAUCUAAAGCUUCAGGUGAUAAGAAUCCUGCUGUUCAGUCCGGUUCUACUCCUGGUGUACGAAUUACAGUUGAAAUGUCGUCAGACAGCAAGACAGAUUCAACUUCAAAAACUAAAAAAACGUCUCCCAUCAACGCAGGAAAACCAUCUACUCUGCCAGUUCUGCCUUCUUCUCUCGAUACCGGAAUGUGUUCUCGUUCGCCUAAAAGAAAUGAAUCGGCCAAUGACGACGAAUCUAGACCCGAAGAACUGAUGCCUUUGUUGUUUCCGGGAUUACUGAAUACCCCGCCCGAAAAGGAAUCAUCUGGUGCUGAAAAUAUAAAUACAGCUAGUUCGAGUGUAUUCGCCUCAGACGACGAUGCAGAAUCUUCAUCGACUAUUUCGCAAUCGGUUUCUAGUACACUGUCUAAAUUCAGUACUCAGUUCACAGCAGCUGGGCUCGAGUAUCCCAAAGUUUGUUUAACUCCUAUCAAGGUUUCUGAAGAGCUGCUGGCAAGUAUUUCUCGUCUAGGGAAAAAAAAGAAAAAUCCAUCUCCUGAAGAAGGAACAAGUUCGAAGAAACGUAGGAAAUCCGUGCCAAGCGAACCCUUAAGGAAAAUUUCUCCUCGCAAGAUCAAGCAAAAAAUAAUGUGUUUUAUUUGUAAAAAAGAAAAUCGCUGUGAUGAUGGGUAUUGGACUGAUAGGGAACUCGAUGAGCACAUUUUGAAUUGUCACCGUUAUUCGAAUUAUGUUGACCUAUACCUAAGAUGUCCUUAUAGCGAAGGAGAAUGUAAUAGGCACUUCAGAUUAUUAAAAGCACUUCGUGAGCAUGUUCGAAUGCACCACCAAGGAGAAACUUUGAGUUUACAUAAAAUGGAACGAUUAUUGUCCUGUUCGAAUUGUUCACUAUUAUUUACGUGUAAAACCGACUUGAACCAUCAUGUUCUUCGGAAACACAUUGGAUCAAAAAAAUCUGCGAAAUCGCCCAGCCAUUCUUUUCAGCAAAAUUUGGUUGCUGCAAGAGACCGAAAUUCGUGGCUAAAAGAUUUGGGAAAAAAUUGUUACACGAGUCAUGAUGAGUAAAUGUUCAAAAAGAACGUAAUUCAUUUUAUACUCAUCAUUUUUACCUAUAAUGAUUACUCAGUACUGUGAAUUUUGUUCCUCAAUGUUUUAAUCCUAAUAUUGUUAUACUUGAAUAACCCAGGUACGUAACUGGUAGGCUAGUGUUAUUUCUAGUUUUAUUAAAAUUAACUCGAGUGCUCUAGGUACCUAUUAUGUAUUAUCGUUGAAAUGCGUUUGUUUAUAAGACAGUUUUUUCUACUGCUUUUUUGUAAUGAAUCCAUCUGCUAUCAACGUUUAUAAUUUUUUAUUUGAUUUUGUUUUUUUGUACUAAAUCGUGUGUCUGCAUUUGACUUACUUAAAUUACGAAUAAUAAGACCUAUAGUUGAAUCGGUGAGAACAGAAAGGGGCCAAGUCCAUUUUCGCAGUUUUUAGGAAUAACAAAAAACUGCAGAUUAAUUCGAAAAUCCAAAAUUUUUGCUGAACAUGCUUGAGGUCAUUGAAAGAGAACCCCAAGACACAAUUUUUCUAAAAUUUCUCUUGAAAUUGCUCGGGCACGGAAUGGGACUUGAUUCUAAAUCUAAGUACAUCAUUUAGACUGCUAUCUCGUUUAAAUUGACCAAAAAAAACCCUUGAGGAGUAAAACUUUUUGCCGAAGUUGUUAAUUUUUUCGUCUUUUCUCAUUACAGAGAUGAACUUGAAUUUCAAAAAAUGGUCUUCUUGAAAAUGUUAGUUAUUUUUCAAGGAAUUCAAAAAAUGUAACAAAAAAGUCAUCAAUGCGGACCCAGCUCUUUUCUGCACCCAAAUACCACGUUCCCGGCAGUUUUGCGGAAAUCUGACAUCACCAGUCGAUCCGCCGUAUUUCAAAACCCACAUAUCCGUGACAAAAAAAUUCCAAAAUUGUGACUUGGUCCCUUUCUGUUCUCACUGAUUCAAUUCAACUUAUCUGUUUUCUUCUCAAUUUACAGUUAUGAAGAGGAUAUCAUUCUCGCUUUAUCAAUUUUUAUUCAAAUUUUACUGAUUGUACAUUUAGUAAGACGUAGGUACUUGCUCAGUUGCUUAGUUGAUAUGUUUCCGUGUAUUAUUUGUUGAAUUAUUUUAUAAAUAUUAUGUUCGAAAAUUCCAAAUUAGCAAUUCCCAUUCGCAGCGUUUUGACAUAAACAGAUUAGACACUAGGAGUAAGUAAUGAAAAACAAAACACCUAAAAGUAUUAUGUUUUAUAAUUAAUGAAAAGUAAGUUUAAAUUUUAUUUUUAAAUGUACAAAGUUUUAUGCAAUUUUUUGUUUGUUCAACUUUUUUCACGGGUAACUUUGUGCUUUACUCAGGAAAAAUUUAGCGUCAUUUGAUUUUGUUCGUUUGUUGUUUUUUCAAAUACCAGUACCUGAGUAUUGACAGUAUUAUUGUUAUUUUUUAUUUCGAAUAAAUUUAGUCAUCAGACUAGAUGGGUAAUA